CAGGGGUCUCCUGUCAGGUUUGCUGAUUUGGGGGGAGGGGCCGCAGAGACCGGGGUCUGGCCAGGCGGGGGCCUGGGGUGUGUUCUUGGGGCUGAGGGGUGGCCCCGGGGGUCCGAAGCCCCAGCUCCUGGGCAAAAAUAAAGUUUUAUUGGAACAAAGCCACACCCAUUUCUUCCCCUGCUUUAGAACGGAGUGAUUGCAACCUAGCGUCUGGGCCAAAAGCCAGAAAUACCGUCUGGGCGUUUACGGGAAAGGUUACCCCACCUGCCACCACCCUUGGGCCUGUGGGUCCAGCCCCUCUGCUCCCCUGGGACCCCUUCUCCCCUUCCCCGGGAUUCUGUAACAAACAGAUCCAGACUCGGUGCUCACCCUUCAUCACGCUCGGCUUGUGUGGGUCGGGGUCACGUGGGUGUGGGGAGGGAGGGGUGCAUGUCACUGCCCCACCGCCUAGAUGACCGGAGCCUCAGGGCCGGGAGGAUGAGGGCCCAGGGGCCAGGCCAGUGCCCACCAGCCCUAGGGUCACGCGGUGCCUCUUGCCCUGCACAGGACAGAUGGGAACAGGCGUGAGCCCCCAGACCCAAGGGGAGGGGUCGAGGACCCACCCUCUAGGGAGCGUCUGAGGAUGGAAGCCGGGGUGUAAAUGCCCAGCUCUUGUCCCCAGAUCCAAAGGAGCUUGUGCACGCAGUUGCCUCGCCCCGGGGCCUCGGGAUCCUGUGCUCCCCCCCGGGGGCCUCAGCGUUGGGUUUGCCUGGUUCAACGUGGAUUUCAGGAGGCAACACGUUUGAGACCCACAUCAUUGGGGGUCGAGAGGCUGCCCGCAACUCACACCCAUACAUGGUUUCGCUGCAGAAAUCCGGCUCCCACCUGUGUGGGGGGGUCCUCGUGAACCGGCAGUGGGUGUUGACAGCUGCCCACUGCCUGAUCCAUCCGACACAGCUGCUGAGGCUGGUGCUGGGGCUCCACGUGCUCGGAGACCCUGCCCUUACCUGCCACAUCAGGGAGGUGGUCCUGCACCCCGAAUACAAGCCAGCCCCCCAUCUGAAGAAUGACCUCGCGCUGCUUAAGUUGGAUGGGAAGGUGAAACGCAGCAAGACCAUCCGGCCCCUGGCCUUGCCGCGAGGACGCCAGGCAGUGGCCGCAGGAGCACGGUGCAGCAUGGCCGGCUGGGGUGUGACCCACCAGAGUGGGCAACUGGCCAGGGCACUGAAGGAGCUGGAUAUGCACGUGCUGGAUGCCAGGAUGUGCAACAACAGUCGGUUUUGGCAGGGUGGCAUCAGCCCCCGCAUGAUCUGCCUGGCAGCCUACUCCAAGAACCAGGCCCCCUGCAAGGGGGACUCAGGAGGACCCGUGAUAUGCAGCAGAGGCCAAGUGGCUGGAAUCCUGUCCUUCAGCUCUAAGAACUGCACCGACAUCUUCAAACCCCCCGUGGCCACCGCCGUGGCCCCCUAUAAGUCCUGGAUCGAGAAGGUCAUCGGCCACUAGCGGCCCGCUUCCCUAACCCGACCCUCCAGAGGUGGCCCGACUCCCCUUCUGUGCGCCAGCAGGAUUGCAGGGAGGGGCGGCCGGGGGCCUGCAUGUGUCAGGGGACCAAUAAACUCUAAUAAGGAAAUGGCA